GAAGCGUCCAAGAAAGGUCUCUUACUAUCCCGUCUUCGGCUUUAGUUUGUGCUACGGUGUAUACGCCACUAGUGCCAUGAAUACUUGUUCCGGCAUGGCAUCCGCCGUGCCCAAUCAGGCCAAUCUCACCGGCCAAAUCCUCGCUGCAUCCAUCCAUCCAUCCAUCGAUCGCCAACCCCCGUCGUCUCCUUCCUAUCCCCUUUAAUUUCACCAACGCGCUUCACUCCCUCCCCUUGUUUCCUCCCGUUAUAAAAGAGGGGGGCAGCUCCGUGCGCCACACUCCCUCACCACUUGCCUCUCUUCCCCGAGCAAACGACGACGCAUUCCUGCCUCCACUUCUGCAGCACCGUGCGGUACCAGCUCGUUCUUGGCCUAACAAAGUUAUUAGCUCGAGAGGAGAGAGGGGAAGUUUCCUUGGGCGAGAGAGGGAAGGGCACGCAGCAGCAACAGCAGCAGCAGCAGCAGCGCAGAGCGAUGGAGAGCAGCGUCGUCGUGGACGGCAAUGGAGGCUGCGGCGGGCGGGUGGUGGUGGAGCUGAGCCACAUCAAGGACCUGGUGAGGCAGCUGGAGGGCCACCUGGGCGGCUCGCAGGCGCAGGAGCGCUGCAGGCUCCUGGCCUCGCAGAUCUCCUCCCUCACGGACCGCUCCAUCGGCCUCAUCACCUCCUACGGCGGCCGGAAGCGGCCGGCGGCGGCGCCAAGCCCGCUCAGCGACGCCACGGACGCGCCCUUCAAGCGCACCAAGAAGAGGAGGACGACAGAGAAGGUGAAGCAUCAGGUGAGGGCGGCCGCCGGCGGCGACGUCCCGGCCGACGAUGGCCACAGCUGGAGGAAGUACGGCCAGAAGGAGAUCCUUGGAGCCAAGCACCCAAGGGGCUACUACCGGUGCACGCACCGCCACACCCAGGGGUGCGCGGCGACGAAGCAGGUGCAGCGCGCCGACGAGGACCCGGCGCUCUUCAACGUCGUCUACAUCGGCGCGCACACCUGCGUCCAGAGCGGGGCGGCGGCAGGCCAGGCCGCCGCGGCCGCGCAGGCGCCGGACCACAACCUCCUGCAGAGCCUGAGCGCCAGCCUGACGGUGAAGACCGAGGGGCUGGCCGCGGCGCCGGAGGAGGCGCCGCAGGGCUGGUUCGCCGCCGCGCCGUCGACGUCCGAGAACUGGGGCACGUCGCCGGCGACCUCGGACUCCAACCAGCAGCACGCCUCGUUCCCGCCGUUCGAGCUCGCCGCCGGCGACGUGCAGUUCGAGUUCGGCGAAGUGGUGUCCGCGCUCGUGGACGUCCACCCCGGCGAGUUCCACGACGACUUCGACAUCUCGAGCUUCUUCGCGUGAUCCGCGGCAGGCAGGAGGAAAGAUAUCUUACCAGACCAGACCGACCUGAUGAGUGAUGACCACCCCCUGUGAUGCUCUCUGGCGUUUGGUCAGGGGCAGCAGGGGAGGGAAGAACACGAAGCUCUUCCUUGGUCACUGCCAUCUCCUAAGCCUUAUUAAUAGGAAUACUAUUACGAUAUUUGAGGAUAGUGAACGCCCUUAUCCGUUCCUUUUUCAGUAGCUAAGGGUUUUUGUAAAGUAGAAGAUUUCGUAUCGGAGAUGUUAAUUCGACAGGCAUGUGAAAGUUUCCCGUGAAUUUUACCAACGUCGUCCAAUACGAUGCAAUCACAUAUUUGCCAUUAAUUGUUUUUA